AUGGCUAACAGUGCGAACAACGAUUGUAAAACCAAAAGUGGACAGCUCGCCAGGGUUACGGGAGGCGGUCUUAAUAAUUUCCUGUUCAGAGAAUUUAUACAAAAGUCCUCUGUGUGGAUUGGCUUGACAUGGCGCAAUGGUAAAUGGCGUUAUCCUGAUUAUAGCCUAUCCACCUAUUUCAAUUGGAAUGAUAACGAGCCAAAUAAUGCACAGGGAAAUGAAUAUUGCGUUGAAUAUCUAACAAACGGAAAGUGGAAUGACCAUUCAUGCGACACCACGUGGCCAUCUAUCUGUGAAAAGGACAUUGAUGAAUGUGAUUUGAAAACUCACAGUUGUCACUCUCAAGCCACGUGCAUCAAUACCAUUGGAUCAUACACUUGUGUUUGUAAUGAAGGAUUUACUGGAAAUGGGAAAUUUUGCCACGACAAGAGUGAAUGUGCGUUAAACAAGCACAUAUGUCAUCCUCAAGCGACGUGCACGAAUUUCAUUGGAUCGUACACCUGCACUUGUUAUGAGGGAUUUUUAGGAAAUGGGAGUGUUUGCGAAGACAGGAAUGAAUGUGCGUUAAGCAAUUACAUAUGUCAUCCUCAAGCGACGUGCACGAAUUUCAUUGGAUCGUACACCUGUACUUGUAAUGAGGGAUUUUCAGGAAAUGGGAGUGUUUGCGAAGACAAGAAUGAAUGUGCGUUAAACAAUUACAGAUGUCAUUCUCAAGCGACGUGCAAGAAUACCAUUGGAUCUUACACCUGUUCUUGUAAUGCAGGAUUCACAGGAAAUGGAAUGAUUUGUGAAGACAAGAAUGAAUGUGCGUUAAACAAUUACAGAUGUCAUUCUCAAGCGACGUGCAAGAAUACCAUUGGAUCUUACACCUGUACUUGUAAUGCAGGAUUCAGAGGAAAUGGAAUGAUUUGUGAAGAGAAAAUUUCCAACGACGAAACAGACCGAUUUACCAGUCUCGCAGAAGAAGAGAAGCCUUCGGCUUGUAACAAGGGGGAAUUUCGCUUCAAACUAAUCGCCAUAAUGGAUUCUAAUGAGAAUGCCUAA